AUGGAGGACCCUGAAAAGACCCUAGGCCAGGGUGCGGCCAUAUCGAAAGACGAGUCGGAAUCUCCAACGAGUCUCGUGAACUCCAUCGACGACAGUCAAGAUGCUGUGCCCACCGAGGUGCCAACGCCCACACGUUCGAUCAUCGUUGAUUGGGAUGAAAAUGAUCCAGAAAAUCCCCAGAACUUCCCACGAUCGAAGAAAUUCCUCAUAACCUGCACGUUCGCUGGUUUAACUCUCACGUUUACCUUCGGCUCGUCUAUCUUCAGCGCUGCUACCUUGCAAACCUCGGAACGAUUCGACGUCAGUCCAGAGGUCAUGAUCCUGGCGACAUCACUGUACCUCGUUGGCUUUGGCUUCGGCCCUAUCAUAUUCGGGCCAAUGUCCGAACUGUACGGCCGGAAGAUCCCUCUCUUCUUCGGCUUCGUCGUAUUCGCCAUCUUACAGAUACCGGUUGCGGUCGCCACCAACCUGCGGACUGUCAUGAUCUUUAGGUUUCUACAGGGUCAGAUGCUAAGACGCUUACAACACUAUCAAACAGACUACUGA